AGUUCAUCAUCAUCAUCAGCUCAGGCUGUACAGUUCCAACGAGAAGGAGGCCGAUCUCGACUCUCCGGUAGCACCGAGUGCCUGCUUCGGCUGCCGCGCCUAGCCCUAGUCGUAGGCUCAUCUUAAGUCACGAUGACAUGGCCGGCCCAGCAGAGCAAGAAGUGGCCCUACACGGUGGCUUCGAAGACAGGGCUCAUCGACUCGCACUGCCACCUAGACUACUUGUUCAGCAAGGCGAACCACUUCGGCAGCUACGCCGACUACCGGCACGACAACCAGCAAACUUUCCCAGACUGCUACGAAGGCUGCGUGGCCAACUUUUGCAACCCGGUCACCUUCAAGCUGGAGUACAUGUGGGACGCGCUGCUCUCCGAGGACAAAGUGUGGGGCGCGUUCGGAGUCCAUCCCAAGAUGGCGGACGAGUACAACGACCAGAUCGAGCAGCAACUGCUGCACGCGCUCCAGCACCCAAGCGUGGUGGCAUUCGGUGAGAUCGGCCUCGACUACUCGGACAAGAACCGAGACGUGCAGCAGCAGGUGUUCCGCACGCAGUUGCAGCUCGCCACGAGCCGCGGGCUGCCUCUGGUCAUCCACUCCCGCAACGCCACGGCGGACACCGUACGCAUCCUGCGCGAGAUGGUGCCCUCGAACUACAUGGUUCACGUGCACUGCUUCAGGGGCAGCUGGAGCGAGGCGCGCCAGUGGCUCGACCCGUUUCCCCACCUCUGCCUCGGACUGACGCCCAAGCUAGAGUCUUCCGGCGAGCUGGCCGACGCGGCGCGCAACAUCCCGCUGGACCGGCUGCUUCUGGAGACGGACGCGCCUUUCUUCCUGCCCAAGGACGAGCAGAGAAAGGGCGCGGUCGCCCACCCCGGGAUGGUCAUCCACGUGGCCACGCAGCUGGCCAACCUCCGAAAUAUCUCCGUCGACGAGGUCCUGGAGGCGGUGCGCCUCAACACGCAGCGCGUGUACGGCAUCUGAGACUCCAGCAGUGUCGAGCUCGUCGUCAGCAGCGCCAUUCGGUAAUGGUGGACGUGCAAUGCAUUGUGCAGCGUGCCGCACACUGCAUUGGCUGCUUCCCGACGAGAAUGCAGUGCUAGUAAAAUUGUUUUGAAGGCGUC